GAUACAUCCCGUGGCGUACGGAUCGUGGAAAAUUGAGCGCAACAAAGUGUUCUUGAAACAUCAAAUCGUGAUAGUGUGCAUCGUUUGAGCAGUAUUGUGUUCACAGGAGUAAAGUGCUACCAAAGGAUUAAAAGGCAAAGCAUAAAACUGCUCUGAAAAAGAUUUUGAGCACUAUCAAAGAAAAGAUACAUAAAAGAAUUUUCGAUUUAAAAUAAAUCGCUACCUUUGAUCGUGUUAUAUCAGCGACAGCUAUCUCCAUAGCACUGAAAAUGCCUUCGUUAGGAAUAUCGUGCGUACGUUAUUUGGUGUUUUUCUUCAAUUUCCUGUUUGCGAUCACCGGCCUAGUCGUGAUUGUUACGGGAGCCAUCAUUCAAUCAAACUACUAUCAUUACUCGAACUUUGUCGGUGAUAACUUCUGGACUGCCCCGAUAGUGCUGAUCGUGAUCGGUUCCAUCAUCUUCGUGGUGGCAUGUUUCGGAUGUUGCGGUGCGGCAAAGGAAAGCCCAUGCAUGAUCAUCACGUUCUCCAUCCUCCUAGGUCUGGUGUUUCUGGCUGAGAUCGGCAUCGGUAUUGCCGGAUACUACAAGCACGAGGAGCUGGGAGGAAUUUUGGAGAAGGGCUUCAACAAGACGCUGGACAGCUACGCCACGGACAAGGGCGCCCAAGAGGCGUGGAAUCUGGUGCAGUCGGAGAUGAUGUGCUGCGGUAUCAAGGGCCCAGAGGACUGGGAGCCAAUCUACAAGAACGACACCGUGCCGCGCGCCUGCUGCCAUCGGAUGCCGGUCGGUGUGAACAAGUGCACCCGGGAGUACGCGUCGACCGAGGGCUGCUUCUCGAAGCUGUCCAGCUAUCUCGGCGCAAAGUCACUCAUUCUGGCCGGCAUCGGCAUCGGAUUGGCUAUCGUACAGUUGAUCGCCGUUCUGCUGGCAUGCUGUCUGUACGGUUCCUUCCGGCGCCAAUACGAAACGGUCUAAAUUGAACCCGCAACUGCAACCAUCACGAGACCCACCAACAAGCACAAAAACUAACACCUUCAAAGAGAACGGAAAUGCAUUCUCGACAUCAA